UCUAACCCGGAAGCCGAGUCCCGGUCCCAGAGGACACGGUCCCCGGCAACAUCUGCGCUCCCAGCUUUCGGGCACUCGCCAACCCUCCGGGCUGCCUGCCUGCCUGCACCCGGUCCCCGAGGGCUCGGAUCCGGUUCCCCUUCAGUGAGGUGAGUCUACACCACGGCCCCUACAGACCAAAGCCAAGAUGCCACCUCCCAAAGAUAUAGUGAAGAUUGCCGUUCAGAUGCCUGGAGCUUAUCCUCAGCUCAUUGACCUUGACCAGAAAAAGCCUCUAUCAACGGUCCUGAAGGAAGUCUGUGAGGUGUGGAAUAAGAAUAAUCCGGACCAGUACGCGCUCCAGUACACGGACGGGAUACAGAGCUACAUCACAGAGUCGAACCGGCACGAGAUUAAGAACGGGAGCAUCCUGCGGCUGGCCACAGCCCCGAGCCGAGAGGCGGAGAAUCUCUACACCGGGAUCCAGAGCGGGAACUACGACGUCCGCUUUGAGUCACUGAAGGGGCUGGCUGUCCUCUCCAAGGACAUCACCUUUGCCCAGGAGUUCAUCAGUAAGGACGGGAUCGCCGUGCUGGUCCGCAUUGUGGAGAAUGGCAAUGACACUGGCGAAAGUCUGGCCCACACUCUGAACGCAUUCAUUGAGCUAAUGGAACACGGCGUUGUCUCCUGGGAAACGCUCACCCCUGUUUUCAUUAAGAAGAUUGCAGGCUUCGUGAACAAGUCUGCCAUGGAUGCAUCGAUCCAGCAGUUGUCCCUGGCCAUCCUGGAGAGCAUGGUGCUCAGCAGCAGCUACCUGUUUCAGCUGGUGAAGAACGAGGUGACCCUCGACAGGCUGAUCUCUCACCUACAAGUGGCAAACCAGAUGAUCCAGACUAAAGCAAUGGCACUGAUCAUAGCCCUGUUGCUGAGCUCCAAUGAGGAGGAGAGGAAGGAAACAAUGGAGUUUCUCAGCAGGAGAAACCUGAGGCAAUAUGUUUUCAAGAACAUUAUCCUUAGUUCGUCCACAAUGAGAGACGAGAUGGCCCACUACCUGUACGUCCUGCAGUCUGUUUCCCUCAACCUCCUGGAGCCCAGAAUGAAGAUUCCAAUGGACCCCUACAACCAGGAGCAGAGGGAUAUGAUACACAGUCUGCGCCAAGCUGCCUUCGAGUCCGACACGGACACAUCCUCCGGGAACUUCAACACGGACCGGCGAAAAUCUUUGUGCGCCCGGGAGUUCAGGAGGCUCGGCUUCCCUAACAACGCCAAUCCCUCACUGGACUUCAGUCGAACUCCUCCUGGGCUGCUGCCUCUGGAUAACAUGAUCUACUUUGCUUCCCGCCACUCUGACGCCUACAAUCGGUUUGUUCUGGAGAACAGCAGCCGGGAAGACAAGCAUGAGUGUCCGUUUGGCCGUGGGAGUAUUCAGCUCACCAUCAUCCUGUGUGAGAUACUGAAGAUCGGAGAGCCACCCUCGGAAACAGGGCAAGACUUCUACCCCAUGUUCUUUGCCCAGGACAGGGUUUUCGAAGAGUUCUUCUGUAUUUGCAUCCAGUUGUUGAACAAAACGUGGAAGGAGAUGCGGGCCACACAAGAAGAUUUUGACAAGGUUAUGCAGGUGGUACGGGAGCAGAUCACGCGGACACUGGCCACCAAGCCCACCUCCCUCGAGCUGUUUCGCAACAAGGUGAACGCCCUGAACUACAGUGAGAUUCUGAAGCUGCGGCAGACAGAGAGGAUGCACCAGGAGGAGACCCUGGCACCACCAGUCUUGGAGCUGAGGGAGAGACUGAAACCGGAGCUGAUGGAACUCAUCAAACAGCAGCGCCUCAAUCGCCUGUGUGACGGGACGCUCUUCCGCAAAAUCAGUAGCCGCCGGCGCCAAGACAAGCUGUGGUACUGUCGCCUGUCACCCAAUCACAAGGUCCUUCACUACGGAGACGUGGAGGAAGGAGUGGAGAACCCAGCCAUCGAGUACCUGCAGGAGAAGAUUCCUGUGGCUGACAUUAAAGCACUGGUGACUGGGAAGGACUGCCCUCACAUGAAGGAGAAGAGCACGCUGAAGCAGAACCGGGAGGUGCUGGAUCUAGCCUUCUCCAUCCUGUACGAUGCAGAGGACUACUCGCUGAACUUCAUCGCGCCAAGCAAAUAUGAUUUCUGCCUCUGGACCGAUGGCCUGAGUGUCCUGCUGGGCAAGGAGCUGAACAGCGAGCAGACCAAGAGUGAGCUGGAGAUCCUGCUGUCCAUGGAGAUCAAAUUGCGACUCUUGGACCUGGAGAACAUCUCCAUCCCAGAUGUCGCUCCGCCCAUCCCUAGCGUGCCCAGUAACUACAAUUUCUGCUACGACUUCAGCCACACCGAUCACUGAUGGCUUCACAUUAACACGUGUCAGCACUUCCUCACUGUUAGGGGUGGUGGGGGAUGGGGGAGGGAAGGUGGUUGGAGAAUUGACAUGGGUUUUAUAUGGCACAUGUACAGAGAAUUUUAUACCCAGGCGUUGACUCAAAUUAUUUUUGUGUGCAAUAUUGGAAAAGGUACCUGCAAAUAAAAAAGCUACAUGCCACGCCUUACGUGGCAAUGGCUAUUGCAAUUAGCAGCCCACUGGGUUCAGGCCAGCAGAACCAGGUGAUCCUUGGGGAAGGGAGGAAGACGAAAAGUAAAAUGUUAUGGAUGCUUAUGUGUAAAAUUGUGAACAGCAGAAAAUGCUUAGCUGGUCAGGUGGCAGCUGUGGCAGGCAACAAGGAGGGCAGUUCAGCCGGGUGACUUUCAAACUCAAAGAUCAACUUGCAAUGAUAACUUUGCGUUUCUCACUCCACAGAUGUUGCAAGAGUUGGAAGAGGGGUUGGACACUCAAAAUGGUUCGCUAUUGCCACUCAAAUUGAUUCUGGUCAGUGGUGAGGUGGGGUGGGGGAGCCAAACAGGCAAAUGUUAGUUACCUGUGAAUUUGAUAAUUAAAUAUGACCUCAGGUGGAAGGUAGUGUUGGAGGGCAGUAGUUGAUCUUGUUGGAUACUGCAAUGCUGUUUAGUUAGUUUUGUGUUGUGCAAGAUACUGUGACAGACUUUGAGCUAAAUUUCAGUUCUGCCCUUUCUCACUAGGGUAAGGUAAUGGAAAGUUGCUAAGAAUAAUAGCAAGCCAUGCACGGCAACUAGGUUUUGUUAAAUUAGUUAGUAUUGAUCAGGGUCUGCAUUUGUGACCUUACAUUUGAUCUUAGCCUUGACCUUUGCCCAUAGUUGGCUGAGGGGUGGGGAAAGGGAGGAUGAGUCGGGCACAAGUCCAAGUUUCUGAUCAGUGUUCCGGCACAACUACUUGGAGGUGUGUGUACAAUGUACAUCAGCAAGGAAACCAAGCCUAACAAACAGUGAGCACUUACAGUGAUCACAGAAGAAACCCUCCCCACCACCCUCUGCCAGGCAGUUGGGGAGUGGCAAUAAAUGUUAGUCUGCCAGCAAUAUCCAUAUCCUAGAUGGAUCAGAUUCACAGGCCAUUCGUAACCCUGAUUCAGUACAACAGACCAACAGCCUCAAAAUCAAUCUCAGUGCAAGUAGAGACUUCGGGAAAUAGGGGAAGAAAAGAUGAGUGAAAUAUAAACAGAAUGCUAGAAAUACUCAGCAGGCCAGGUGGCAUCUGUGGAGAAAGAAACAGCUGAUGUUUCCGGUUCUGACGAUCUGAAACAUUGACUCUGUUCCUCCCUCUAUAGAUGCUGCCUGACAUGCUAAAUAAUUCCAGCAGUUCAAGUUUCAGUUUUGAUUUCUGGCUUUUGCUAGAAUUCACUUAAAGAACAAAGCCUGGGCAAAAUCUACAAUAAAUAUUUCUUUUCAGGUUAAUUUUAAGCUAGUUCCAACACCUAAAAUCCACCAGGAGUUGUGUGUUUAAUGCUGUGCUGUGACAUUAUAUAGAACUUUGGAAUUAAAUUCACCAGUGUAUCACCAGAGUAUAGAAAGAGCUUUCAAACCUGGCCAUUCCCAAUCUGUUUCUUGUCCCAGAAUCAAUAAUCAAUGGUGCUGAGGACAUGGGUCUGCUAGUAGAACAAGUUUAGACUGCUCUGAGGCAUAAAUUGGGCCAAGAUUUCUGCAAGGUUUUCUGAAAUGCACUGAGCUGCUAACAGAUUAUUCAGCUGUCCAAGCCAGGAAACCUCUGGGCUUUAUCCCAGGGUUUGUGCUGUUUGCUGGACAAACACUGCCUGUGUAAGAAGCCCCAGCCAGCUUCAUUGUAUAUUGAACUAAAGAGAAGGAAGAGUUUUUGCUUCUGAAUUGUGAUCCUUAGUGAUUUCUAUUGGACACGAUUGUAUGUGUGUGCGAGCAUGUGUAUGGAUAUUGGGUGAUAAGUCAUCUCCCAUGCCCUUUUGUGGUUGAAUAGCCAAAGGACUAUUUGGAAAAGAUACCAGAUAACUACCUGCUGAAAUCUUGCCCUAGAAAUAGGAAGAGAUUUACCUAAAAUUGGAGAAAUGGGGUAGGAAUUGGGAUGUACAAACUGUUUAUGUUCAUGGCACUAAAAUAGAGGGUUUAGGCAACUUCAAAAGGUGCAAAUUUUGCAAUUUUUUUUAAACAAAGUCAUGCAUAUGAUCCAUUAUGCUGUGGUUAAUCAGUUCUGUCGUGAAAUGGAGAGAAAUGAUUCAAAUACUAAACCAAGCAAUGAUGUUCAUCACCCAUUGAUGCAAGGGGAUAGCACAAUACCAUUCAGUUCCCUGACCAGGUCCCAUCUUUCAUUUAAGGCACUGAUCCAUAUCCAGAUUGGUUGCACAUCCCUUGAUUUACUUAUCAGUUUAUUCUUUUAAUUGUUAUUCUUUGAAUUGUUACACAGCCUUCUGUAAGAGUUUUAGAUUGUGGCUAAAAUUCUUUUUGUCGGGAGGGUGACAGAAAUAAUGCUCCCCCAUUUUUCGCUCCGAAAAGGCUCAGCUCUAAUUUCAAGGUUAUGCAACCAUAUUCUUGAUUCCUAGUUCUAUUUUAGUUUCUCUCCAUCUAGACCAUCAAAUCCUGAAGAUGUUUGAAUUGCCUCAGCCAUUGCACCUUCUGUUCCAAGGAAUACAAACUGUCUACAUAACUGUAGAUUUAGCCUCGUAAGCCCCACUUUCAUUCCGGUGAAACGGUUGCUGCUCUCCCUUAGGGGAUCAUCCCUGACGUGGGAAGGAUAAAAUGUAGAACUACUGUUGGACGUGCUGAAGGGCUCUCACUGACUAGCAGGAGUGAUGUGAAAAAGAAACGCUUGCAUUUCAGUAGCUUCUUUCCUGACCUCAGCGUGUCUCGAAGGUACUUUGUAUAACUGUGUGUCCACACUGCUGUAAUGUAGGAAACAUCAGCUGAGCCUACAGGCAGCAAUGUGGUAAAUAAUCAAGACUUGUUUUAGUGAUGUUGCUAGAGGGAAUUCACUGGAGAAUUCUGCUGCUCUUCUGUAUAAUGUAAUGGGAUCUUUAACUUCUACCUGCGGUACUCCCUCAUUACACUGAGACUAUGCACUCAAACCUCUGGCACCUGACUCAAACAAGGGUUCCUGGUUAUAGAUUGAAUAAGUAUGUAUAAGUAUUUAACAAUACUAUGCAGGUGUCUUACAACAGUUGGCUACAAACUGCUGAUGUAAUAUCACAGACUUGUAGCGCAUGUCAAACAUGGUGUGAAAUGAACUCUCAGGAGGGGAGAGGGGUGGAAACAAUUCAGUGGCAACGCACUGGCAUUGACCUAGAGUACGACUGACUACCUAUUGGAUCAAUGGGUUACAUCAAUGCCUGGUGUCUCAUUGAUGAGAACCCAGGAGCAAGAUGGAAACCUUGCAACUGAUUUCCUCUCCUUGGCACUAUUUCAGUAGUCAAACAGCCCGCAAACUUCUCUUUGUAACCUCAGUGGGUGAAGAUACGAAAGACCACCUGUAGCCUAUGGAUCUGUACCACAGCAUGGAUCAGGGCCCUCCAGAGAGUGAAGAAAGUGACCGCAGGACCAAAAUUGAGUUUGGAGUUGAAAGAGGCUCCACCCCACCACAGUGAUAUGCUGCAGUCUCAGUGAGAGGAGCCUGCUCAUCAGCUGAUUCCACCUGGUUGUCAUGGUUUCCAGCUGCUAUCAAUCACAGGGGUUCUGACAAUCUGUAUGUAGCCACAGACAUACACUGGAUCAAACUUGAGUAUUGCUAUUGACUCAUUAAUUUAUUUACAACACUAUUGCUUUGGGGUUUUGUGCUAUUUUUGUGACUGUAUGUGUAUAUAAAGUCUCAACAUGUUUUGUAAGAAAAUUAUUUUUUCUGCUACUGAAAAUCAAUAGAUCUUCCACGGCAUUAACCAACCAGCCUUGUUCUCAAUUUCAGAA